CUUUCAAUUGCCUUACAACCUCGUCACUGGGAAUCAUGAUUUGGAGGGCAUGGACGAGUUUGCCACGGAUGUGGAAAAUCUGCAAGCCUGGAAGAAAGUCUUUGGUCUUAAUGCACCAACCUUCUGCCAUCAAAUAGGAGACAAGACUCUAUGUGUGGGUCUGAGCACGACCCGUUUCCGCUCCUCGCCCUUCUCCUCGCACGAAGUUUACAUCCCGAAGGAGCAGACCAUCUGGCUCGAAAAUUUGCUUAAGCAACACCCCGAGGAAGAAGGGUGGCGGGUGCUCGUGUUCAGUCACGCCCCGCCCAUGGGAGCAGGCAUCCGGGUGGUCCAGAAUGUGCACAUCAAGAAUGGUUGCGCCUUUUUGAAUCAUUCGAGCGGCGACGAGGAACGACGUGUCUUCAUCCGCCUCUGCAAACAGUAUCACUGCAUCAAGGCCUGGUUUUCGGGGCAUUUCCACCUGUCCCACGACUACGAGGACUCCAUUACGGCUAAGGAAGGCACUGUCUUUGUGCAAACGGGGGUCAUGGGCGAGAAGUCGACGAGGGACGGUCGGCGCCAGAGCCGAGUCGUGCGAGGAGAUGGGGCGGGCCUGCAUGUGUACACUGUCAACCACCACAAGGGCGGGGAGCUGCGCCUGGACGUUUCCAUCCGUUACAAGCCAGGCGGAGAGGACCUGGUGGAGGCGCACGGGCACGAGGACUACGCGCAUGACAAGUGGUUCUCGGCGUACCGACCCCAGGAGGAGGACGGGUGUUAUCUGCAAAGUCCCGACGGGAUUAUUUUGGAGGCGAGCGACCGCGGGGGGGGUGAAAAGGUGUGCUGGUGGCACAUGGCGGACGGGCGCGUGCUGGGGGUGCAUGAGGGGCAAGUGAUCGAGUAUGACGCCGAGACGCUCUCCCCGCUGGGAAUCGUGGUGGAUAGGGAGCAGCUCCAGGGUCGAGAGAUGGUGGUUGUCGGGGAGGGGCAGGCCUUGAUACUCGUGUCCUCUCUGGACGCGCUCAACGAGAAGACCACGGCCGCGGACUACGACAUCAUCCACCCCAACCAGGACGGGAGUUACUGGCGGCGGUGGCAGCGAAACAAGCUCGUGCGGCAGAGGGAGAAGGAGCGGGAGAAGAUCGCAGCGGAUUGGCUCAAGCAAAAUUUCAAGUAG